CUUAUCUAUCCUCGCUGUGGAAAGAACGAGCACACAGAGAAGGAAACAUGGCGUUGGAGCAAGCAGUAUCAUCGUCAUCAAGCACAUUGAGGAACGUUCUCACCUUCCCCAAAACCCUAAUUUCAAAACCCCAAUUCCAAGUCGCUGCUUCUCCCUCAUGGAAAACACAGCGGCGUUGGGGGAACUUGAAGUGCUCCAUGACGACAACGCCAUCAUACCCUAAGCCCUCGGAGAUUCCGUGGCAGAAGGAGCUCUGCAACUCCGUCAACCUCAUCGGCAAUGUCGCGGCCCCCGUCGAAAUCAAACACCUCCCCUCCGGCAAGGUCGUCGCCUGGACCCGCCUCUACGUCAAGAAAAGCGCCACGCAAUCAUCGUCCAUAAGCCUCACAUUCUGGGACGACCUCGCUCAUGUCGCGUCCCAGCAUCUCCAGAAAGGUUACCAAAUUCAUGUCUCCGGUCGCCUCAUAAUCGACACGGUCGAAACCGAGGAAGGCAAAACCCAAACUUACUACAAGGUUGUUGCUCAACAGCUGAAUUUCAUUGAGAGGAAUUUCUCUUCGGCGUCAUCAUCGCAGGGUCAAGAGUUCGAUUUUGCGAUGGCUGGUGGUGGUAGGAAAGUGAGCAAUGCUGUGAAUAGUACCGGUUCUGUGGUGGAAUCGUGGAACGCGUUCUUUGCUAAUCCAGGGGAGUGGUGGGACAACAGGAACAACAAGAGGAAUCCAAAAGCUCCUGAUUUCAAACACAAAGAUACAGGGGAAGCUCUGUGGAUAGAAGGCAGAUACAGUCCGCCAUGGGUCAAGUCUCAACUGGAAAUACUAGACUCAAGAAUGGGGUCUUUUGCUGGCCAAAAUGCUAGGAUGCCUGUAGGUAUGGUAGCUGCAGAUGAAAUCGUGUCUUUCUAAUCACUUAUGCCAAAUCUCGCCCAUGUAAUAUUCAAUUUCAACUGUGAAACUUCUUUGUACAGUUUGCAUUUUGCCCGUAAUUUUAAAUUCUAUACAUGGCAGUACUGAUAAUGGUUAAGUUUGCUCUUGAGCUAUAGUUAGUUAGUGAUCAAGUGAUUGUGUUGCAUUCAGCAUUCUCUAUUCCUGUUGUUGUGCAUUUACUGGAACCGAUACAACACUAAAAACUAUUCAGUCUAAAUGAGCCAUGACAAGGUCAACA